AGCCCGGCCCGGCCCGAGAUAUGCCCAGGUAUAAUUCCCUGCCGCCACCGCAGGAAUCCCAGACACAGGCUGCGCGCCCUCACGAUGGAGGUGGAAAAAUGGGCGGGGGGAUGUCUCAUCCUCGGAAAGGCCGGGGUGGAGUUCUUGAAUGGAGUCGGCAAGGGUGUGGAGACGCACAUCGCGGAGCUGGAGGAGGCCGGCCGUGUCAUCUUCAACGGUAUCCGUGGACGCCGCGAAGUCUACUCCCGCCUAUUCCUCCUCCGUUCCAUGGCCGCCGCCCCCAUGCGCCUCAAGCUCUGUGAUGGGACUGGAGCCAGGGUCGUGGGCGACAACGAUGCUGCGCCCGUCGCCGCUACUCCCCCUAUGAGUUAUGAUGGUGGCUGGUUGGAAGGGAGUUCCUCCUUGAAAAACGUACCAAACCAUAGGUCGGCACAUGAUUCUUGGCCUGUCCUCUUGUUCCUCAUAUUCUUAGUGCUUGAUUUCCUGAAUUGCAGAACUGAAAUUACUCUUCUCUGAUCAGGCAUAAAGUCCAGUCCAAACACGCAAAUGCGGAAGCCUGAUUGUUAAUAUGCUAAUAUUUCUGCCCCACAUAUGGUUUUAGUUGUGCCUGCACGUGUGAAGGGAGAUUAUAGUUGCAAGAUCUGAAAGCUAUACAUGCUUCUUGGUAAUGGACUCUUCAGUUGGUACUUGAUGAUCUUUCAAUAUAUAUUGAUUGUGUUGGAUCGUAUAUAUUUUUUAGAUGGAUAGCGAGUUGUAUGUAGUAAGGGUUAUUGGGAGGGGAGACUGAAACUAAGAUCUAUCCGGUGAGUUGAGGUAAAAGGUGGGGUGCCAGAAAUAUUCAAUGUGAUGUAUGUACAAAAUCACUUUUGAUGCUAAAACUUUUGUACAUAUAUUUCAUGGUAUUUUUCCACAUACACUUGUACGUAUAUUUCAUCAUACUUGCCACAUUAUAUGGUGUCAGUUAGUACACUGCAAUGGAGUCAACAAAAGAGUUCUAUAAGGAGAAGCAUGCAGCAACUUUCUGUACGUGCAGAAACACACUACUUUAUUUAUUUAUUUUGGGUUCAAAACAAACUUAGCUUAAGUACCAUAUAUAUGUUGUUGACCCAGGCUAUUGUAUAAUACAGUGUACAACAUGUAUUCUGAACUCAAGAUGGGUAAAAUCAUCAUAUGAUUAGUAUCUAACAGUUGUUUUAAAAACAAAUCACAUACUGUUGAUUUCAUUUUAUUUCCAAUAAAAGCACUGCAUUUUUUCAUUUCCCUUUUUUCAACCAUCAUGCAAAAAUAAUAAGUGCCCUCAUGUUUCUAUUUCUGUUGAGAUUUCCUUUCUUC